UCUCCCUGUCUGAGCUGUUUCGAGAUUUCGGUUUGUCUUCCUGGCUCUUGUUGCACACGAAUUCAGUUUGUGUGCAUGGAUCCCGAGGUUUGGAGGGAGGGGAAGGAAGAGAAGGAGGGGAAUGCGAAGCACGAUACGGCGGAGGAGAUGCUCCUGAUAUCCACGGAGUUGGACGACGUAACUCUGGCGGAGCUAUCCAAGACUCCCAAGUCCAAGCGCAUUUCUUGGCACUCUUCCUGCACCGGCGAGAACAGGAAGGCGAUGGAUAAUAAAAAAGAAAGGCUCUCGAACAUCAAGAAGGGCAAUCCGGAAUCCAAAAUUAAGCACGCUACAUCGAAUCAGGCAGCAGAGAAGGCAAUAUUGAGCUCUAAACAAGGCAAAACUCUAAUGGAUGGACGUGCUGUGAUUCGAGCUGAGGAAAUUCGGUCAAAUCUACCUCCUGAAUACCCUAGCUUUGUCAAGUCAUUGGUCAGAUCACAUGUUGCUAGUUGUUUUUGGAUGGGGCUUCCUCUGGCAUUCUGUAAGGCACACUUACCAGAUAAGGAUACUCCCGUCAUUUUGGAAGAUGAAUGUGGAAAACAACAUGAGUUGAAAUAUAUUGCGGUCAAGACAGGAUUGAGUUCUGGUUGGAGGCAGUUUUCUGUUGCACACAAAUUGCUCGAGGGAGAUGUUUUGGUCUUCCAAUUAGUUGAACCUACCAAAUUUAAGGUUUACAUAAUUAGGCCAAAUGACUUGAAUGAAGUGGAUGGGACUCUUGGCCUUCUAAACUUGAAUUCUCAGACAAAACUAAGUGGUGCAGGGAUGGGUAAAGCAACUUCUAGUAAUCCAAAGAGGAAACUGCCGAAGUGUCUACCUAUUGGUAUCGAUGACAUGAAGAAAAAGAGUGGCCUCCCAAAGUCGGUUCCUUACCUUCGGCAGCUGGCAGAACAAUCUCAAAAUGAUAGUACUGAAGAGGUCGUUUCAGAAGUUAUGGAAGACUUUAAGUUGUCUGAGCGAGUUCUUAAGUUCGAAGACAUCAAAAGUUUUUUGAAUUUCAGGAUUCUAGUUGAUGGAAUGUCCAUAGAUUCUGAAUUCCCCGAUGAUAUUAGAAAGAAAUACUACAAGCUAUGCUGCAGUCAGAAUGCAUUUCUUCACGACCGUCUAGUGAAGGGCAUCAAUUACAAGUUGGUAGCUGGAAUUAUAUCUGAGACUGUUAACAUUGCUUAUGCCAUAAAAGCUAGCAACCUCACUACCUCUCAGGGGGAAUUUUCUACUUGGGACAAGACUUUGCUAGGCUUUGAGCAUUUGGGCAUGGACGUCAAGUUCUUACGCUCUCGGCUACACAGUAUCGCAAGCCUUGCCAAUGAAUCAGAAAGUGAGUCUUACACCAGGAGUUACUUGGAAGUCAGAACUGAACGAGGUAGCAUAGAAAAUGAAAUGAGGAAUAUCGAAGUAAAGCUAUCGGAAUUAAAGGAGGCGUGUUAUGGAUUUGGUGCUUAUAUUGAUAACAUGAAGUCGAAAGCUGAAAUCUACGAGCUCAAUUUACAGGGAGAGGUUACCGCUCCCUGGUGAAAUUGUUCAUAUGUUUUGGACCUUCUUCAGUCGAUCUGCAUAGUGGAUAUGCUCUUCUAGUCUCCCUCUAUAACUUAACUUAGAGACAAGAAGACAAGCUAUAUAUAUAUAUAUAUAGCAUCAUACGACGAAACAAUCACUGCAUACAUGGAAAAUGAAACAGGAAAAUUUUCCUAAACGGCAGGAAAAUUGUGGAUAAUGUGAGAGUUUUGUAUUGUUGUUGGAUGUAAUUUUUCUCUUUCCAUUAAGGUUUUGGAUGAGAAAUAUGUGAA